GUUGCUUUGUGGGAUAGAUGUCGUCUAAUCCUCCCUUCAGGGCCAUUCAUUCAAACAUUUACUCCACGAAUGUUCACUGAGCCCCUGUGCGCCCGCCAUUCCCGGUGCUAGCCCUUGGGGAUACGGCCCCCUGAGGUCACGGAGCGCGGAUUGACGGCUUAACCCAGGAGGGAAGGUUAAAAUCAAUGGAGGAGAUACGUGGCUUUUUCUCUCUUUGUUAUUUUGCAUGAAUCGUGCCUAAAACGUACUUUUAAGUGGGGAAGGUUCUCUGAAGAUUUGAGCUGAACGCCAUCUGCUCGAGAUUUAACUAAUUGUUCUCUCCUCUCUCUGACUGUCGGACGCGCACCUUCUCCGGAGGAUGGGGGAGGUACCCGAGCCCGGUGCUGUUAAUCCGAACGUGUGUGAGCAAAGACCCUCAACCUUUGCUGGCUGCACUUUGGCGUAAAUUGCAAUCGAUUAGGGAUCGUUUCUCUGACUCAAGUUAGAAGUGAGAGUUCAGAUAAGUGAGGCCGCCAUUGCUGCUUUGAACACCUCAGAAGGGGAGAAUGGAUUUAUCAGGAGUGAAAAAGAAGAGCUUGCUAGGAGUCAAAGAAAAUAAUAAAAAGUCCAGCACUAGGGCUCCUUCUCCUACCAAACGCAAAGACCGUUCUGAUGAGAAGUCCAAGGAUCGCUCUAAAGAUAAAGGGGCCACCAAGGAGUCGAGUGAGAAGGAUCGUGGCAGGGAUAAAACUCGAAAGAGGCGCAGCGCUUCCAGUGGGAGCAGCAGCACCAGGUCUCGGUCCAGCUCUACCUCCAGCUCUGGCUCCAGUACUAGCACUGGCUCAAGCAGCGGCUCUAGCUCUUCAUCAGCAUCAAGCCGCUCAGGAAGUUCCAGCACAUCCCGAAGCUCCAGUUCCAGCAGCUCCUCCGGCUCUCCGAGUCCUUCUCGGCGCAGACAUGACAACAGGAGGCGUUCCCGCUCCAAAUCCAAACCACCCAAAAGAGAUGAAAAGGAAAGGAAAAGGCGGAGCCCUUCCCCUAAACCCACCAAAGUCCACAUUGGUAGGCUCACCAGGAAUGUGACCAAGGAUCACAUCAUGGAGAUAUUCUCCACCUAUGGGAAAAUUAAAAUGAUUGACAUGCCUGUAGAAAGGAUGCACCCCCAUCUAUCUAAAGGCUAUGCGUACGUGGAGUUUGAGAAUCCAGAUGAAGCUGAGAAGGCGCUAAAGCACAUGGAUGGAGGACAAAUUGAUGGCCAGGAAAUCACCGCCACUGCUGUGCUGGCCCCCUGGCCUAGGCCACCCCCCAGGCGAUUCAGCCCUCCCAGGAGAAUGCUACCACCACCUCCCAUGUGGCGUCGGUCACCCCCACGAAUGAGGAGAAGGUCACGCUCCCCACGGCGCAGGUCCCCUGUCCGUCGGCGAUCCCGCUCCCCCGGCCGCCGCCGCCACAGGAGCCGCUCCAGCUCCAAUUCCUCCCGAUAAGCAAACCACCGAAACUCUGCCCCGAAACGUAUAUCCCAUCCAACUCAGUUCUGUCACUUUUCUAGCUGAACGACAGUCAGUAGGAAACAAAUCCUCACUCGGGGGCAGGCUUCCAAAGGAGCAUUGAGACGUUUCCUCUGAAGGCCAAGUUUGGCUGCAGAAGUGUUGUUGAUUUGGGGUUGUGCCUAUGAAGAUGCUCUCCAGUUUCAUAGCUAGAAAGUUCCCACGUUUCCAGUCUCUGAGAGUCAGUUUAGUAGCAGAGCCAACAGGAAGAGCAGGGUUCUAGGUGGCAGUGCCGCCCCAGCCUGGGAGCACAUUUCCAUUCCAUAGAUGACCUAGGGCCCAUCUAGUAGCCUGAGGAUCCUUCAGGAAAGAGCAUGCUUUUGUGCAGCUGCUGUUCCUAUAAACCUGGUCGCGCUCCCCUGCUUGAGUUCUGACUCUAGAGAAACAUCCCAUGUUAGUUGCUGUAAAUGGUUCUGUUCUCACAUGUACAUAUACAUUCAUCCAUAUGGCACAUCUCCUUUUUCUCUAAAAUUGGUGAGCAAAUAUGAGAGCUCUGCAAGGUCAUCACAGACCUUCUCCCCCUCCGUGGUGGUCUUUGGGGUUACCUUGGCAACGUGUACAUUGCUUUUUCGGCUAUUAUUGUACAGUCAGUACUAUGAAUUUUCUGUUUUGAAAUUUUUUUGUAACUUUGUAGCAUUUUAGAUAAUGUGUUUAUACUUUGUUGUGUAGAGUAAAAGAAUUGUGUUGAAUAAAUCUAGGAUUAGAAUGCA